GCCCCGGGAACCGGCGCGACUUCCGCUUCCGGGCGGUGGCACGGGGCUGCUGGGGGAGGGGGCGGGGGCGGCACUUCCGGUCGGGCCCUCGGGUCUCCCCGGAGCGGCGGCUCCUCCUCGGCCUCCUCGGCCUCCUGCCGGCGGAGACCCCGGCGCCGGUGAGAUGGAGGCCAACCCCGCGGCGGGUGGCGGGCCCGGUGGGCUGGCGGGUGAGGACGGUGUCCACUUCCAGAGCUACCCCUUCGACUUCCUCGAGUUCCUCAACCACCAGCGCUUCGAGCCGCUGGAGCUGUACAGCGAGCACGGCAAGACGGCCGUGCUGCCCUGCGCCGGCGCCCCGGGCCCGCCGCCCGCGCCACCGCCGCCCGCGCCACCACCGCAAUACGACUACGGGGGCCCGGCCGGCUUCAAGCCCAAGGCGGAGGCCGCCUCGUCCUCUGCCUCUUCCACCUCGUCCUCCUCGUCCUCCUCGUCGUCCUCGCAGGCCAAGAAGCCGGACCCGCCACCACCGCCGCCCGCCUUCGGGGCGCCACCGCCACCGCUCUUCGACGCCGCCUUCCCUGCCCCGCAGUGGGGUAUUGUCGACCUCUCCGGGCACCAGCACCUGUUCGGGAGCCUGAAGCGGGGUGCGCCUGCGGCGGCAGCAGGGCCGGGUGGGGCCCCAGGGCUGGGCAGCCCCGCGGGGGCCCCGGGCCCGCUGCCCACCGCUGCCUCGCAGGCCCCAGCGGGCGCAGGCGCGGCCAGCGACCCCAAGGACGACAAGGGCUACUUCCGGCGGCUGAAGUACCUGAUGGAGCGACGCUUCCCGUGCGGAGUGUGCCAGAAGUCCUUCAAGCAGUCAUCGCACCUAGUGCAGCACAUGCUGGUGCACUCGGGCGAGCGCCCCUAUGAGUGCGGGGUCUGCGGCCGCACCUAUAACCACGUGUCCAGUCUCAUCCGCCACCGGCGCUGCCACAAGGACGCGCCGCCGGCGCCCGGGGCCCCACCGGGCCCGGCUUCCCAGGCCCCACCGCCGACCGCGCCCCCGGGCCCGCCGCCCCCAACCGGCCUGCCAGGGCCCGCUGCCACUGCUGCCGCCCCCCCGGCUGCCACCGACAGCCCCGCGGGCCUGGCUGCGCCGCUCCCGCCGCCCGGCACCGGCGGCGGCGAGGGCCCCUUCGCCUGCCCGCUGUGUUGGAAGGUGUUCAAGAAGCCCAGCCACCUGCACCAGCACCAGAUCAUCCACACCGGUGAGAAGCCCUUCUCCUGCUCUGCCUGCGGGAAGAGCUUCAACCGCCGCGAGAGCCUCAAGCGCCACGUGAAGACGCACUCCGCCGACCUGCUGCGCCUGCCCUGUGGCGUGUGUGGCAAGGCCUUCCGUGAUGCGGCCUACCUGCUCAAGCACCAGGCAGCGCAUGCGGCCGGCGCGCGGCCCGCCUUCCCCUGCGACCUGUGCGGGAAGUCCUACUCGGCACCGCAGAGCCUGCUGCGGCACAAGGCGGCCCAUGCCGCACAUGACAGCGGCGCCAAGGAUGCGCCACCGCCACCGCCGCCGCCCGCGCCGCCCGCCACCUUCCCCCCGGGCCCCUACCUGCUGCCCCCUGACCCGCCCGCCAACGAAGGUGAUAAGGCGGCCACGGCUGCGGCCGCCGCAGUAGUCUAUGGCGCCGUGCCUGUGCCGCUGCUGGGCGCGCACCCGCUGCUGCUUGGUGGGGCCGGGCCCGGCAGCGCGGGCACGGGCGGCGCAGGCCCCGGUGGCCCCGGGAAGACCUUCUGCUGCGGCAUCUGCGGGCGCGGCUUCGGCCGCCGCGAGACGCUGAAGCGCCACGAGCGAAUCCAUACCGGCGAAAAGCCGCACCAGUGCCCAGUGUGUGGGAAGCGCUUCCGCGAGUCGUUCCACCUGAGCAAGCACCAUGUGGUGCACACGCGUGAGCGGCCCUACAAGUGCGAGCUGUGCGGCAAGGUCUUCGGCUACCCACAGAGUCUUACCCGCCACCGCCAGGUGCACCGCCUGCAGUUGCCCUGCGCCCUGGCCGGCGGCCCCGCGGCGCCUGGGGCCUGCGGGCCGGGAGCCGCUGCCGCCGGCGCCCCAGCCGAAGCGCUGACCUACGCGUGCUCAGACUGCGGCGAGCACUUCCCGGACCUGUUCCACGUGAUGAGCCACAAGGAGGCGCACAUGCCUGAGAAGCCCUACGGCUGCGAUGCCUGUGGCAAAACCUUUGGCUUCAUCGAGAACCUCAUGUGGCACAAGCUGGUGCACCAGGCGGCCCCCGAGCGCCUGCUGGCGCCCGCGCCGGGCGGGCCCCAGGCUGCGGAUGGCCCCGCCGCGGGCUCUGAAGCGGGCAGCGGGCUGGACCACGGGCUGGCCGGGGAGGUGGGUGCAGCGGUGGCAGCGCUGGCCGGCGCCCCCGGGACGGAGGACACGAGCGGGCCGGCGGCGGCUGGUGGGGCCGGUGGGGCGGGGCCAGAGCGCUUCAGCUGCGCCACGUGCGGGCAGAGCUUCAAGCACUUCCUGGGCCUGGUUACGCACAAGUACGUGCACCUGGUGCGCCGGACGCUGGGCUGCGGGCUGUGCGGGCAGAGCUUCGCCGGCGCCUAUGACCUGCUCCUGCACCGCCGCAGCCACCGGCAGAAGCGCGGCUUCCGCUGCCCGGUGUGCGGGAAGCGCUUCUGGGAGGCGGCGCUGCUGAUGCGCCACCAACGCUGCCACACAGAGCAGCGGCCCUACCGCUGCGGCGUGUGCGGCCGCGGCUUUCUGCGCUCGUGGUACCUGCGCCAGCACCGCGUGGUGCACACCGGCGAGCGCGCAUUCAAGUGCGGCGUGUGCGCCAAGCGCUUCGCGCAGUCGUCCAGCCUGGCGGAGCACCGACGGUUGCACGCCGUGGCGCGUCCGCAGCGCUGCGGCGCCUGUGGGAAGACCUUCCGCUACCGCUCCAACUUGCUGGAGCACCAGCGGCUGCACCUGGGCGAGCGCGCCUACCGCUGCGAGCACUGCGGCAAGGGCUUUUUCUACCUGAGCUCUGUGCUGCGCCACCAGCGUGCGCACGAGCCACCAAGGCCUGAGCUACGCUGCCCCGCCUGCCUCAAGGCCUUCAAGGACCCUGGCUACUUCCGCAAGCACCUGGCGGCCCACCAGGGCGGCCGGCCAUUCCGCUGCUCCUCCUGUGGGGAGGGCUUCGCCAACACCUACGGCCUGAAGAAGCACCGCCUGGUGCACAAGGCCGAGGGCCUCGGGGGGGCCGGGGCCGCUGCCCUGCCCGGGAAGGACCCCUGACCGCCGUCGAGCCCCUUCUCCCCCCCUACCCCCUCUGCGCGCAGCUGCGGAUCACGCCAGCCCCUCCUCCCGCCACCCCUCUGAACUUGGGGCCCGGCCCCACGGCCCCGGACGUUUCUUGACUUUUUCGCGUCCCAGUGGACACGCGCAUUCUGUCCCCAGCAGAUCUGCUCCAGGUGAGUCUCGGCUACCCCCACCCCCCCAGUCCGGCUGGAUGGAGCAAGUCACAGUUGGGAGGCCUGGGGUGGGGUCCGGGUGCUCUUGGAUUGGGGUGGGGGGUGGGUGCCAGACGAGGCUUGUACAGAGCAGAGAACAAUAAAUGUUAUUAACAUG